CGCAGGGAAGUCGCAGGAGGCGUUGCAGGAGCGGUACCGGAUGGGUUCUCUGCUGGGCAGCGGCGGCUUCGGCAGCGUCUUCUCGGGCACCCGGCUCGCGGACGGCGCCCCGGUGGCCAUCAAGCGCGUGCCGCGGGAUCGCAUCCGGCACUGGGGCGAGCUGCCCGACGGCGCCCGUGCGCCCCUGGAGAUCGUGCUGCUGGACAAGGUGUCCACUGGAUUCCGUGGAGUCAUUCAGCUGCUGGAGUGGUUUGAGCUUCCCAGCUGCUUCUUGUUGGUGCUGGAGCGUCCGGAGCGAUGUCAGGACCUCUCUGAUUUCAUCGUGGCUCGGAGGUUCCUGCCGGAGGAGGAGGCGCGGGGGCUGUUCCGCCAGGUGCUGGAGGCCGAGCGGCACUGCAGCAGCUGCGGGGUCCUGCACAGAGACAUCAAACCGGCCAACAUAAUCAUCGACCUGGACAGCGGGCAGCUCAAACUGAUUGACUUUGGCUGUGGCACCUUCCUCCAGGACACAGUCUACACCCAGUUUGCAGGAACACCGUCCCACAGCCCCCCAGAAUGGACCUACCAUAAACGCUACCACGGCAAGGCAGCAACGAUCUGGUCCCUGGGUAUCCUGCUGUACCAGAUGGUCUGCGGGAAGCACCCGUUCAAGAAGGGCCGGGACAUCAUCUGGGGCCAGCUCAAGUUCCCACAACGGCUCUCUCAAGAGUGCCAAGAUAUUAUCAGUUGGUGUUUAUCCAUGCGCUCCUUGGACAGGCCAUCUGUGGAAGAUCUCUUCUAUGACCCUUGGCUGCAGGAUGUUCAUCUGCCCUAGAAAAUGGAAGAGAUUCACAGGCACCAUUUGAUUUAGG